AUGGACAUCGACCCGGUUACCCAGCAGCAUGCGGCUGGACUGACCGUCGGUGGGGCCUUCCUCCUUCUGCCGGACGGCCUGCCCGAGCAGUGUACCUUCGGCAUUGACCUGGCCGCUUGGUCGGUGAAGACCAGCUUCCGUGGUGUGCGUAUGGUCCCCCCAGGGGUGCAUGUGGUCUAUGCCGGUCUCGAGCAGUCCUCCGCCUCGCCCGGGCUGCGUUCGGCCAUCUUCCUGGAGCUGAAGCCUGGCGAUAUCCGUAUUCUUCAUUGGGCCGAUGGUGAUGAGCUACUUCAGCAGAUCGCCUCAACACACAUCUCUGCCCCGGAGGCAUCGCCCUGGAUGGACAUCAUCCACACACAGUCGGACGUACUUGCACCCUUCCCGGUGUCCAGCAUGAUGGAACGCUGGACGGGGCUCUUCCCGCAAAGUAUCUUUUCCCAAAUCCGCCCGGCCACCGGCAGCCCCCUUGAUGCAGCACUGGCCCUUUGCGGCCUCUCCGAGGGCAGCACCAUCCUGGCGGACGAUGGCCAUCCCUACGAUCUUCCACCCGUGUCGGCCGACCCGCGGCGUGCAGCCAUCCCGGCUUUCCCCCGCCUGGACAUCCUGUCGGUCGUGUCGGCCAGCGAGCAGCCAUUCCUCCGGACCCUGGCCCUGCAGGACCGCUCGCCCCAGGUUGAGGGCCACAUUCACGAACUGUGUGGCGGCAACCAUGCCCUGCUCCUGUCACAGCAGGCGCUUGCCUUCAUCUUGCUCCUGGUGGCUCCCAGCUCCCGGGCCCUGGCCCAUUGGCGUGAUGCCGUCGGGGCCUGGUCCGCCUGCGAGCGUCUCAUCGCCUCCAGCCCGGGCAAGUAUGCCGAUUUCCUUUACCUGCUUUCUGGGCAGCUGGCCGAAUUGCCGGCCGACCUUUUCGAGGACCCGAUCUUGAAUGAGGCCCCCUCUCCUGGCACAUCGGGGGGGACCCAGCACAACUUCCUACACCGGGCCUUGUCACGGGCUCUCCGCUCGGUGGACAGCCACCUCCGCUGCUGGCUCCGUCUGCAAGUGAUGGAGCUCCACCGGGGAACGGCCACAGGCGCCGGGGACUCACUUGUUCCGGUUCCCCGGGCAAUGCUUUUCCUGGAUCCGAAUCUCGGGCAGGACACCGGCCCCGAGGGGGCCGAGCUCGAGGCUCCCACACGCCUACUCAUGGCCUUCCGCCAGCACUACCUCCACAACGCCCAAACGUCGGCCCAACAGCCAGCGGUCCUUCUCGCGUGGCGACGCCUCCACGCCGCGCGCGUUCAUUUGGCCAAGGUUGCCACUGAGCGCCUGGGCUUCGAAGCCCCCCCGGCGCCGCUUUUCCCGGCCGAUGGUGGUGGGCUCACCCCGAGUGCCGAUGCCAGCCCGGCCAUUUGGCUGAUCCCGGAGCCGAUCAGCGACUGGCCCGAUUCCGACUCUGACGCCGAGGAGGACAGCCCCCGCCAUUGA